AUGGCUCGCCGGGAUCCGUUAUUCGCCGUCAUGGCAACACUCCUCAGCGCCACCUUCGGCGGUCUGCUAGUGUGGCGAGCGUUCAGCACCAAAAGGAAGCGGUCGCCUUCCGUCCAGAGGGAAAGUCCGCUUCCUGUCGCCACGGAGGACGAUUGGAAGCCCCUACGUGAAGUGUUUGAGGCGGUGGAGUGUAAGAAGACCCUGGCAGUCCCUCCAGUGCGCAUCCCGUCCCCUGAGCAGCUGUUAAAGGUGACGCCUGUGACUGUGAGCUCCCAGGAGGAGUGGAAUCAGCUGUGGACGCAGAUGCAGGAGGACCUGGCAGUGGUUCCAGUGCUGGGACUCGACUGUGAAUGGGAAAAGACCAACUGUCGUUUCUUUGCACAGGUGUCCGUAAAGGAGUGCCCCCAGGUGGUCUCCCUGCUCCAGAUGGCGUCCUAUUCCGGACGCUGCGUGCUGGUAAGGCUUCCAGCGUUCCGCGGCACACAGCUUCCACCGGACCUGGUGGAGGUCCUGCGCAACCCGCAUGUCCUGAAGGUGGGUGUCGGUUGCCUUGAUGACGGCAAGCGCCUCACGUGCGACUACGGGCUGUCGCUGACCUGCACGGUGGACCUUCGGCACCUCGCCCUUGAACAAAAAAAAAUGCCAGUAAAUAACGGACUUGGCUUGAAGUCACUGGCAGCUGAGGUGCUCAACAUUUCGCUUGACAAGUCCCUGGAACUGCGAUGUAGUGACUGGGAGGCAGAUGAGCUGACACCGGAGCAGAUGACGUACGCCGCCAGAGAUGCCCAAGUGUCCGUCGCCCUCCUUUUCCACCUGCUUGGCCUCCGCUCAGAAGCCGAUAUGGCUCCCGCCAACACUCUCUCCUACGCUGCGUUGGCCGCCCGCUGCCAGGGGAUGGUGGACGUGCCCUUCAAGGGACGUGGGGUGAAUGAGCAAAGCGGCGGUGCAGAAAAGACAAGACGGACCCGGGGGCGACUAAAGGCCGCUUCCUUCAUCUCAGAGUCUGGAGAUCAACAAAUCCCAGACCCUAGGAAGAACAACAAAAGGAAGCCCCUGGGAGCGGGCUACUCUCCAAGGAAGUCUCCUCUCUAUGACAACUGCUUCCUGCAUGCCCCUGAUGGUCAGCCACUUUGCACAUGUGAUAAGAGGAAAGCCAAAUGGUACCUGGACAAAGGAAUAGGAGUGCUUCAAAGUGAGGAUCCGUUCGUGGUGAGGCUUCUUUUCGAGCCGUCGGGACGUCCAGACUCCCAGCAGGACUACUACCUCACCUCUAAGGAGAACCUCUGUGUUGUCUGUGGGAGAGAAGACUCCUACAUCAGGAAGAACAUCGUUCCCCACGAGUACCGGCGACACUUCCCCAGCGAGAUGAAGGAUCACAACUCUCACGACAUCCUGCUCCUGUGCACCACCUGCCACGUCACCUCCAACGUGCACGACACCUUACUCAAGCAACAACUGGCCGAUGAUUUCGCCGCCCCACAGGGCUGCGAGGAAGGCGUCCGGAUCGCUGAGGACCCGGAGCGACGCCGAGCACGCUCAGCAGCCCGUGCUCUGCUCAGCGUGGGCGACAGGCUACCCGUUCGGCGGCGAGACGAGCUGUUGGCGUUUAUCAGGAGCUUCCUGGACAUGAGCCAAGAGCAAGAACUGACUGAGGACGAGCUUCGGCGAGUCGCUAACUUUGAGACACGGAUUUUGAACGAGGCAUACGUGCCUCACGGCCUGAAGGUAGUGCGUGGCUACGCCCGGCGAGGCUGGCAGGGCUUGAUGGAACUGGAGCGGCGCUGGAGGCAGCACUUCCUGUCCACUAUGCGCCCCAAGCACCUUCCGCCACUCUGGUGCGUGCAUCACAACCACCACAAGUUCUUGCGCAAGUACGGAGAAGAUGUGCCCAUCAAACUCACUUGA